AUGGCGGAUGCUCCAGCGCAUCACUUAUUUGUGUUACUUGGUCCUGUUGAUGAGUCCAAAAAUCACCUCCCUGAUAUUCUCUGUGUUAUCCAGUAUGUCGCUGUGUCGAACUUCUUUUGUUCUCAUUUCUCUUCCAUCUUUAAAAUCAGGCAAAGUACAUCUGCUAUCAAGGAUUAUCCCAUGCACUGCUUAAAAAUUAGAGUUGCUUCAUGUAAUUUGUGGCAAAGUUGUCCACCUGUUACAAAUGUACAAGCUUUUCUUUUAUCUGUGGCUCGGUCUCUCUUCCAACAGAUUAUAUAUGCUCACAGAAAAUCAUUUGAAGCUGAUAAGUAUGCUGUGAUUAAGUCUCUUCUUGGUUCCUUUCAGAAAAAUAUGAUAACGGUAGACGACAUAAAUGAUGUGCUUUCCAUGCUUGCAUCAUCAAACCACCUUGGAUUAGCUUCCUUGGUGAAUUCCUUCAUUAAGCCAGUGCUUGGGGAACUGUAUCUUCAAUGCUCGUCUACUGACCUGGUAUAUAAUCUAGGGUGUGCAUGGUUAAGAUUGGGAGGCUUACGUUAUCAUCUCUUGAUUACCUUUGAUGAUCUGGAUCCUGCCAUGAAAUACUCUUGCAAGCACUUGAGGUUGGUCGAAAAGAUUGGGUUGCUUGAACUUGAAAAUGAGGUACGGAAAGAGAGUGCCUAUUUAGCUGGAUGGGUUUCAUGGGGUGAGGCUGACAAACAAAGAACAAUGGCAUUGGAAAACCUCAAAGCUGAUUGUAAAAGUCUUAAAGGAAAGGUUUAG